UCAAACGUGGCGUCGUGGGUUCUUUGCGCCUCGCCUGGGUUCAUGCUCACGAGAGAGUUUGUGGGAAAAGUGAAAGCCAAUACACACAGGAAACUAUGGCUGAGCACGGGGCUCACAUCACAACUGCUUCUGUGGCCGAUGACCAGCCAUCCAUCUUUGAGGUGGUAGCACAGGACAGUUUAAUGACAGCAGUGAGACCCGCUCUUCAGCAUGUGGUCAAGGUUCUUGCAGAAUCAAAUCCCACCCACUAUGGCUUCUUGUGGAGGUGGUUUGAUGAAAUCUUUACUCUGCUAGAUCUUCUGCUCCAGCAGCAUUAUCUGUCUAGAACCAGUGCCUCAUUUUCUGAAAACUUUUAUGGCUUAAAGAGAAUUGUAAUGGGGGACACUCACAAGUCUCAGAGAUUGGCUAGUGCUGGUCUCCCAAAGCAGCAGCUUUGGAAAUCAAUUAUGUUCCUGGUUCUUCUUCCCUAUCUGAAAGUGAAGCUGGAGAAGCUGGUUUCUAGCCUGAGAGAAGAAGAUGAAUAUUCUAUUCAUCCCCCUUCUUCCCGCUGGAAACGAUUUUACAGAGCCUUCCUGGCAGCCUACCCAUUUGUGAACAUGGCCUGGGAAGGAUGGUUUCUUGUACAACAACUUCGAUACAUCCUAGGAAAAGCUCAGCAUCACUCACCACUGCUGAGGCUGGCUGGAGUUCGGCUAGGUCGACUAACAGUUCAGGAUAUACAAGCUCUGGAGCACAAACCAGCUAAGGCCAGCAUGAUGCAGCAACCAGCCAGGAGUGUUAGUGAGAAGAUAAAGUCAGCUCUGAAGAAAGCUGUUGGGGGUGUUGCCUUAUCCCUGUCUACUGGCCUUUCUGUGGGUGUAUUCUUCUUGCAGUUCCUUGACUGGUGGUACUCAUCUGAAAAUCAAGAAACCAUCAAGUCAUUGACUGCCCUGCCUACUCCACCACCACCUGUACACCUAGAGUAUAACUCUGAUUCUCCCCUCUUACCCAAAAUGAAGACUGUGUGCCCACUGUGUCGUAAAACCCGGGUGAAUGAUACUGUUCUUGCCACCUCUGGCUAUGUGUUUUGUUACCGCUGUGUGUUUCAUUAUGUGAGGAGUCACCAAGCUUGUCCCAUCACAGGUUAUCCAACAGAAGUACAACAUCUGAUUAAACUCUACUCCCCUGAGAACUGAAAGGGAAUCAUGUCUUAUCCUCCAACAAAAGUAUUGCACUGUAAUGCCACAGAGCUGGUUUCAGCAUGGUAUUGAGUUGACACUUCUCAGCCUCAAUUCAUAACUACAUGAACUUUAAAUGACUAUAUGGAUUUCUUUAAAAGGAUAUGCCCAGUUGAUCCUAAACUUUUAGCCUGCUCUCUAGAACCCUACUUACAGUUGACCAAGCUGCUUAAAGUAGAAGAAUCAGGACUGGCAGGGGAUAUGAGGGCCAGUGUAGAGAUUAAACAAAAUAAUGAGUAUACAAGUUUUUGCCUAUCCCUUUCCUUAAAAUAUAAGAAAUAUAGAAGGUCUUAGGAAAAACCCAGGUUAGACCGCAUAAAAAAUAAAGUGAACAGUGAGGUGGUAGCAAGCCUUCUUUUUAGAAAAGAAAGCAUUUACCUGCCUGUUUGUAAGGUGGAAAUUUCAUCAGUUUGCAAAUGAUAAGAAAUGUAGACCUGCUCUUGAUAGAAAUGCUUAGAAACACUUUGGGGGAAAAUAAAAAAGCUCCUUCCAUAUACUGUGAGACAUUUGUUAAGUGACAUCUGUCGUUUAUCAGCUUUUAAGGAUAAAAAAGGAUAUCUUAAAAGUUGGAUAUUUAGGAUACUUAAGGAUAUUCCUUUAUGAGCUCUCCACAUCUUUCUUGAGAAACUGGUUAAAAAAGGAAUAGGGGUUGAGUGUUACAGAGGGUAGUCUGAAGAUUCCUGUGUAAAAGCAAAGCUAACAAGCAAUGAAGAGAUGAAGCAAAAUACUAAUCUAAUUGUGUAAAGAAAGGAUAUUUUAAUAAGUUCUUUCUGCUUGCUGCUAAGUUUGCUAAAGUGUCAUGAAUUAUUCUGGUUAUUACUAAAGUUUCUAUGAAACACUUAAGUAGAUUUUAAGAAUAAAUGUUUCUGGAAAAGAACUAUGUUAUGAUUUUGUAGAAAUGUAAAGAUUACUUGAGGUGUUUAAAAUAAAUUUUUCAUUCAGACUA